AUCUACGCACUGAACACAAAAAACGACGAGCACGAGGCGGCCAUCGCCACACUGAAGGAGGCCCAUGAAGAGGAGGUGCAGCAGAUUCUCUCGGAGACCAGAGAGAAGAUACUACAGUACAAGAGUAAGAUCAGCGAUGAGAUGGACCUGAAGAGGCGGAUCCAGUCUCUGGAGGAGUCCAUGGAGCUCCACGAGAGGAUGAAGAGGCAGGCGCUGGCCGAGUUCGAGAGCUACCGUCAGAGGGUGGAGGACAUGCAGCUUUGCACUGAGGCUCAGCACACGCAGCGUGUGGUGUCCAUGUCGAGGGAGGUGGAGGAGAUGCGGCGGUCCUUUGAGGAGAAGCUGCGUACGUUCAGUCAGGCCCAGACCCAGUUUGAGCAGGAGAAGAGGGCUGCUCUGGAGGAGCUGAAGGGCCAGCACAGACAGGAGGUCCAGGAGCUCCUCCGCAGCCACCAGAGUCAGAACGCAGACUACAGUAAAGACCAGGAGAAACUGGGGCAGCUCCAUAAAGCCGAGGUGGAGUCCCUGACGGAGCGGGUGGAGGAGCUCAAGCAGGACAAGAAGAGACUGGUGGAGGAGUACGAGGCCAAACUCAGCAAGGCUCAGGCCUUUUACGAGCGUGAGCUGGAGGCCAUGAAGAGAACUCAGCAGCUGACCGCGGACAACCUGUUGGCAUGGAAACGCACCGAGGCCGAGCUGCGGCGGGAGUUUCAGGCUCAGGAGGCGGCGCUCCAGAAAACUCUCGGAAAGCUGCGGGCCGAGUUGGUCAGGGUAACGGAUGAAGCGCGGGAGAACCGGGAGAAGUCCCACAAGCUCCAGACGUCACUCACCACAGCUGAGAGCUCCGUCAAGGACUUAACCAAGCAGCUGGACGAGGUGACCCAGAACUCAGAAAUUGUGGAGAUACGUCAGAAGGAGGCCGAGUGUGAACUAGAGGCAGCCAGAGACCGAGUUCAGCAGCAAGCAACUGAAAUACUGCUCAAAGCCAGUCAGAUCAGCAGCCUGCAGGCCACCCAGAUGACCCAGGAGGCGGCCAUCAGGGACGUGGACAACGAGCGCAGCCGGCUGAAGGACAAGGUGCUGAGGAUGGAAGAAGAAAGGGAGUCCCUGCAGAGCCAGAGCCAGGCCCUGGAUGAGAGGCAGAGACAGCAGCUCCAGUCCCUGGAGAAGACCCUGCGCGAGGAGAAUUCGUCCCACGAGAAGGACAUGAACAACAUGCAGGCUCGAUCCGAAGAGGAGGCCAACCACAUGAAGGAGAGCCAGGCUCGAGCUCUGGAGGAGGUCGCCAAGAAACACCGAGUGACCCUGGAGAGCGCUCUCAACAACGCGGAGAAGGAGAAGAACCGCAUGCUGGCUGAGCUGGAGCAGCAGUUCGAGAAGGAGCGGCUCGCGCUGGAGGAGCAGAAGACGAGUCUCAGGGAGCAGCUGGACGCGCUGAGGGACGAGCUGACCUCCAAACUCACCGCAGCCAAUGAAGAGCUGAUCCGGCUGCAGCAGGAGGUGCAGCAGGGGGAGCAGGACAUGGGAUCAGCUGAGGGACAGAUCUGCACGCUGAAGGAGGCGCAGGACAAACUGCUGGAGGAGCUGGACGCCACCAGGGCUCGACUGAGAGAGACCAGCAACCUGCUGACGGCACUGCAGGGAGAGUUAGAGUUCCAAAAGCGUCAACAUGAAGCCAAACUCAUCACCACCAAAGAAGAAGAAAAACUUAAGAUGGACAAGAUGGCUCUGGAGCUGGAGCUCAAAUGGACCGAAACACUCAGGCAGGAGUGUAAGAAGCUACGCGAGGAGCUGAGAGAGGACCACGAGGAGGACAAGGCCUCGGCCCUGAAUCAGCUGACACAAAACAAGGAGCAGGAAAUGUGCAGCGCCAGAGAGAGCUGGCAGAGGAAGGUGGAGGACCUGCUGGAGCAGGACGGCACGCCGUAG